AUGGCCCCGGAAAAGAUGGCAAGAAAACCAUCAGCGAGCGAGGUUCAGCCCAAACACGGCAUCCGGGAGACGCGCCUCGGUGUCUGGAUUCUCAAAGUCGCCCACGAUCCAAGGCUCGUCGGCGCUACUGGGAGAAAACACUAUGAAGAUUUGAAAUCUACUUUGCCUCUUCUUCGACUACUCGCCAGCGAUAUUUAUGGGGUCGCUCCGAGGUACUUCGUACUCUUCCUUCUGUGUCAAGUUUGGCAAGGGAUAGAGGACGCCGUCUUGAUGUUCUUUUCCAAUUUAUUGCUGACCACGGUUGAAGCAGGUAUCAAGAGUGGCAAACCUGACCGUACAGCAAUCUUGACAGCCGUCUUUGCGCGUUUGUUUUGUUCGCUGACUGUCGCAUUCUUCAAGUGGCACGGACAUCAAAUCUAUAAGAUACUCCAAGCGAAAGUCACUAGACACUAUGAGCUCUUUCUGAUGACAGCCGAUCUUCGACAAGACUUACCUACAUCUCAGAAGAUAAGCAGCAAGCAGCCAGUAACCGCCGCUCAAGUCUGGGAAGCCCUCGACAGCAUCAUCAGGUUCCUCAUGCAAGUCCUUCGUGUUGGGACUCAGCUCGCUCUCAUUGCGCGGCUCUUCAACUCGUCCGCAGGACCGUUGUUCAGCCUGUUGUCCAUUGCCGAACCACUCUUCAUGACCUUUUAUUCUGAGGAGAUAUGGACCAAAAUAUUCUUUGCCUACGUGGAUAACAAACAUUAUGAGCGAAUGCAAACGCUCCACAAGUUUACCUCCUCAGAAUUCCGACAGGACAUCGUCAGUGGAAGUCUUGCCCCAUGGAUUCUUAAUGAAUUCCGGAAGGCCCAUGAAAAGCUUGGAGAGACUCCCGCUAAUCAUCCGAUGCUUGAGUAUGGCGAACACCGAAGUCCUCUAUUCGAUAUGAUAGCGAGAGUGCUCGGAGACUUGCCAAUCGCGUAUUGUGCUCUCUCUGUCCUGCUCGACAAUAAGGGCAUUUCGCUUGUGACAUUCGCCGUUGUUCAGCAGUCGUCGAUAACGCUACGGAUGUCGGUUCAGAUGGUCUUUCUCCAGCUCACUGAGUUUAGGAAGAGCCUGACGACAAUGCGAAUGCUGUAUACAGCACCAACGGUCGUCAACACGCUCGCGGACGGCGAUGUUGCGUACCCUCGAGUCGACAGGCCGAUGUCCGAGAAGGCAACAAAUGGAAUGUCUUUCUCUCUGCGCGACAUCUCUUUUUUAUACCCUGAUAGCCAAAGCACUGAGCCUGCCCUAAGGAACGUCUCUCUAACUAUCAAUUCCGGCGAGCUCGUCGUCAUAGUCGGGGCCAACGGAAGCGGCAAGUCAACCCUCAUCCGCAUCCUUUCCCGGCUCUACGAUCCCGAUUCCGGCGAGAUCUACAUCGACGACCUUCCUUCGAAAAGCUACCGCAUCGAAGACCUCCACCAAGCCACGGCUUUGCUCAGUCAAGACACGGUUAUCUAUCCUCUGUCUCUGGCCGAGAACAUCGGUCUGGGCUUCCCUGACCGUGUUUUCGAUCGAGAGAUGAUCGAGGACGCUGCGAGGGAUGGCGGAGCAUUUGGCUUCAUCAAGAAGUUGAAGGAAGGGAUGGACACGACGCUCGACCCGUACGUCCAAACUUUUGGACAUAAUUUGGAUGUGGAUCCAUCACACCCGCUGUUCGAGGAGAUGGAGAGGAUCCAGAAGCAGACCGAUAUUUCGGGUGGUGAGAGACAGAAGGUCGUCGCAUCUCGGUCGUUCAUGCGCUUCAAGUCAGGCAAGGUCAAGUUCGUCGCCGUAGACGAACCCAGUUCAGCGCUCGACGCCAAUGCCGAGCUGAAGCUCUUCGAGAAGCUCAUCGCCGCUCGGGCAGGAAAGACCGUCAUCUUCGUCACCCAUCGGUUCGGACAUCUGACGAAGUAUGCUGACCGAAUAAUAUGUAUGAAGGAAGGCUCGAUCGUCGAAAUGGGCACGCACGAGGAGCUAAUACAGAAGAAGGGAGAGUACGCGAAUUUGUACGAUAUUCAGGCGAGCGCGUUCUCGGAUGAAUGA